AUGGAAGAAUUCGACGAUGAAUUCUUUUCCGACGACGGCUUUGACGAUCUGCCCCCGGAUGCUCUAGAGCAGCUCGAACACGAUGCCUUUCGCGCUACACAGGCCGAACCCACGCAGCGAGAGCUGGAACCGAGACACGAUUGGACUCAGCGAGAUGUUCCCAUUCGGUACCCCCAGAUCAACGCUAUCAAUGCCGCCAACGCCACGCUAGGACCUCCUGCGCAAUUGCACACUGGGUUGACCAACGAUUAUGGCUCGCUGGAAGUGGGAGAACUCGACGCGGAGGUGUUUGAUGAUGGGGCUGCCCUUGCACUGGACGAUACAGUCGCGUUCACAGCGCGACCGUCGAAUUAUGCCCAUGAUACAAUCAUACUGGAUGAUGAGCAGUCUAAUCAGGCCGACGGAGGGUCGUCCCUCUACUCUGCAUUGCAAAGGGAACACGAAAUCCUCACAGUAAAGCUCCAACAAGAAACAGAACGCUAUGCCCGUCUCGAGGCUGAGCUCGCGACAGCCAAAUCCAUGGCCGAGACGAAAACCGGAGAGAUCGCCAUCAUUCGAUCGAAUCAAGCAAAAAUGACUAUCGAUUAUGAGCGGCAAAUAGCCAACUUGCGCAAGGCCAUGGCCGAGGAGAUGGCGAAGUAUAAGGAAGAGGUAGAGGCAAUACGCGAACAAGGGAAAACGUUGGCUACGGAAAAUGCGUUCCUCAAGCAGGAUCUCGCCGAAGAGGUUUCGCGAGUCAAUCAAAUACGAGCCAAGGUGCGAACAGAGGACAAACCAGGACCGAUGACGCCGAAGAAAAAUAAGGUGCUCCCGUUCCGUGAUGGGUUCAACGACGAGGAGAUUCUAGCAGCAUCACCGAGCAAAUCGGGACGAUCGAAACAGGCGACACCGACUGUGGCAGGUAAAAAGAGAAGACGAACAAGUCAGGGUAGUCCGACGCCUUUGCGGUUGAGUCCAUAUCCAGAGCCGAGCUUGGAGAUCGUUGAAGAUUUGACCGAUGAGAUAAUGUUAGAGCCUGCCAUGGAUCUGCCCAUCGAGGAGCCUCCGCCAGAGAGCGAGCACCAAGACACACACGUCAUAAAGCAGAUAUUGAAUCACCGAACGGUCCCUCAAAAAACUGACGUUGAACUACUGGCCGAGCUGACAUUUCCGUCGGAACCAGGGCGGUCAAUGUAUAGCAUACUUCUGGAGGAAACAACGGAACUUGACCUGGGUAGCUAUGCGAUGGAGCAUAUGCAGGCAAUAAUAUCUUUAUGGUCCCGGGCACUAAAAGAAAAGUUCUUCCAGCCCAUCCCAAUAUUUCUGGAAGUCACAAGGUUUAUACUCGUCAUUGACACGACGUCCGUCUUGCGUCUGAUUGCUCGUCUUUUACCCGUGUUGCUGGAUUCCAGCGACAUCAACGGAGUUCCCCGUUUCAAGCACUCGCCCUAUGCCAGCCAGAGCUUUGGUAAAGUGUCGCGAACGCCGACCUCCCAGCUUGAACCACUGGUAGAUUCCACCGAGAUCGUCAGGGUGCUCUACCAAAUAGCCUGCCGCAGCCUGGGCGAUGAGCCGCUCAUCGAGGAUUACUGGCGCCAUGUUCGCUACUCGUUUAUUCUGAUGAUGCUGAGCUGUUCACAGCCCGCCAGCGAUAUCAAGCUAACGCUGAGUCUGCUCAUGACCAGUGUCCGCCCUGACUCGUUCGCGUCCAUCCACGAAUCCGAACAGGACCAGAAGUCGAACGAAAACUGGGUUAUCGACCGCGUGGCCAGUCUUUUGUGGGAAACGUUACAACCAGACGAGGGGCAGCCGCCUUACUCGCGGUCAGAGAUCUGCGACGUGCGAUUGGAAGCGCUGGCUUUUUUGAUGACGGUCACUUUCAAUCCUAUCGAGCCGGGUAAUACCCACGGUAGCCUCGUCAUAGCCUCGCAUCAUACAGCCUUGGCGAAACUGGUCAGGGCGAUGCACGACGAGCUAGACGCGCUCUAUUCUGAUCCACCAGAGAAAGACAUGCACUCCACCAUGGUCAACGGCCUCAUGCGUCUGAUCUACAGCAUUAUACAACGGCACCCGAAAGAAGCCGACCUCCAAUUGAAGUUGCACCGAGUUCCUGGGGGAAAACAGAAGUUUCUGGUGGUGUUGACACGCCUUGCUUUUAGCGAAGGACUGAUUCUCGAGGCGGGCAUCGAAGACGAGACCGUGGAAAUGGCACACUCGAUUCUCGACAACGCGGUCAAUCCUGAGGAAGCGGAGGCUCUGCUUGAUGCAUUCCCCCAUGCGAAGGGGGAGAAUAAUGAGGCGAAAGAGACGGAAGAUACGGAAAUGAUGGAAAUGAUAGAAUAG